CACAAGUGUACAAUUAAAUUAUUUUCACGGAAUUCAAAUGAAAAUCUAAAGAAAAAAAAAACGGUAGAACGCAAAGUGAAAAAAUGUCUGUGGGUCGUCUGUGGGGACCAGCAAAAAAAUCAUGAAUAAUCGCAACAACACCUUUAGAGUUGGCCAAACUGUGGAAAUUGUUGGAAAACAUUUAGAGGGACGCAUUGCCUAUAUUGGUGUGACGAACUUUGCUCCUGGCCGCUGGAUAGGUGUUGUACUCAACGAGCCGCGUGGCAAGAACAAUGGACAGGUCAAGGGAAUCGCCUAUUUCAAGUGUGAACGAAACCAUGGCAUUUUUGUGCGGCCAACGCAAUUGAUGAUGAAAAAGGCAACGGUCGUGGUGGAGGAAAUGCCUCGCAUGGAGGAAAUGCCAAAGGGAGAGGCAGUCCAGGUAAGGAGAGAAGAGGAGGAGGUGGAGGUGAAGACGGAAAUGGAGGAGAAGAAAAAGGAUUUGCAAACAGCUGUUAUGGCGACACCGCCACCACCCCCUGAAACACAGCAACCGCAGGCCAAGGCAUUAAAACCCCCAGAGAAUUCUUGCCCUGGCCAGACCCUAAUGGUCAAAAAGGUACCCAAAAUGCCAACCUCAAUAAAUCUCCUGAAGACCACAAAAAUCAAUCAACCCAAAGAGGUCACCCCCCUGCAGCCCAGCACAAGUCAGGUGUCGCUGCACAAUAUUUCCGGGCCCCUACGGAAUCUAAGGCCCCCGCCCGCCUUGGCGCCCAAACGCAGCAAAACAUCGAUGAGCCCCUCAGAGUCAUUUUGUUGUGCCAAACGUUCCUCUUUCGUCGAAACCGGAUUUUUAGAGAUUUUACGGCCCCAAUUUACGCCCGGCCAACCGAUUCGAUCGCCCACAUUCAGCAGCAUGGCUUUGAACUCCACCUCGUCGAACAAUCUCAACGAUUUGAAGCAGCAGCAGAAACAAAUGGAGGUCAAGCUAAAGGAAUUCGAAGAAGAAAUUGAGCAGUUAAAAUCUCAAAAAUCUGAGGAUAAACGUAAAUUACAGAGCAUGGAACGACUGAGAUUACAAAAUGAACAGUUGCUGGAAUUCAAGGUGCGGAUCAUGGAUCAGCAGUCGAAUUUGCAGAGAGAAUUGGCGAGGUUGCGGCAGGAGCUGCGCGAAUGUCAGGAAAUGAAGAGUAAAUAUCAGAGGGAUUUGGAUGAGGCGGCAGAGAACAUUGAGCUGCUGACACUGGACAAGGAAAUGGCAGAGGAGAGGGCCGAAACCCUGCAGCUUGAAUUGGAAUUGGCCCAGGAACAAAACGAGGAGCUAAGUUUGGAUGUGGAAAUCCUCAAGGCUGAAAAUGAGCGCUUCCUGUGCGGCAAUGGUAAUGGUGAGAAUAAUGUGGUCAUCAACAAGGAGGAGAAUCUCUCUUCGCAUGGUGAAAUCCGAAAAUUGGAGCAAUACAAUCAACGUCUGCGAGAGACGGUCAUCAAGCUGAGAGAUGUCCUCACGGAAGAGAAACAACAGUCGAUGAAAGCUUCCAAGGAAUUGGAAACAAAGAAUUCGGAAAUUUUGGAGCUGAAAAAAACCAAGGAGGUGUUGACUCAGCGAUGCGAUGUCAUGGAGAGCCAUAUUAUGGAUUUGCGAGAGCAGGUAGAUGCCGCCUUGGGCGCCGAAACCAUGGUGGCCACCUUGGCCGAUGCCAAAUUGGAGUUGGAGGAUCGGGUGCGCCUGCUCGAAGAGGAGGUAAGUGAACUGGAGGCCUUGGAGGAGAUCCAUGAACAGUUAAUUGAGAGCAAUCAAGAGUUGGAGAGAGAUUUGAGAGAGGAAAUUGAGUUGUUGAAUGGCAACAUAAGGACCCUGCAACAGGAGAAGGAUUCCGCCUUGGAAACGGUGUAUGAACGCGAUUGUACCAUCAUGAAGUUCAGGGCCUUGGUAAAGACCCUAAAUGAGCGGGAACAAAUCAAGGAACAAAUGGCCCUUACUACGGCCGCGUCCACCACAGCCACGGCCUCCACCUCGGAGGAGUUGAACAGCAUUAGUUCGAAUCAGGAGUUUAUGCCCGGGGUUGAUUUUCAGCAGAUCUUUGCCUCCACCAAGGCCUAUGGCCGCGCCCUGGAACUGCAAUUGGCCUCGGUGGAAUUGAGAAUGGUCCAGCUGCAGAAUGAAUAUCUCAAGGCCUUCCUUCCCGAGGAACUUAUGCUGCGUGGCGGAGCCUAUGAUGUCAUCCUCAUACUCAUCCUCCUGCAGAGAUGUAUGGAAAAGAUAGACAUCAUCUGUUCGGGGAUCCAUGAAAAAUUCCCGGCCUCCUGUGAAUUUGGGAGGGAUGCCAUUUUCGAGGGUUAUUCCGUACAUCGCUUCGCCUUUCGCACCAGGUGUCUGUAUCUGCUGAGAUCCUUGAAAAUGGUGUUGCAACAAUUGGAUUUCGCUCUGAAUCAUUGCGACUAUGAGAUCUGUACUCAUGCGGCCAUCUAUCGUGGGGAAAUGGAGUCUCAGGAGCGGCAGUUGGAUGAACUUCUGCGUCUGCUCAAAAAAGGCCUCUUGGAUGAAAAUACUCCCGUGGAGUCUUUGGAGGGGGCCUCAAGCUUUUUCAAUUCCCUACUCAAUAACUUAUUUGCCUCGCAAAAUCUGGCCGAACUUUUGGAUGAACCGAAACUUUAUGGCAGCCUACUCGAGGUCUAUGAUGUGGCCUUGGACUGUGUCAAUACCCAUGCCGGCUUGUUGUACACCAUUAUCCAGCUGGGCGAUGAGCAGACCGACUCUUUUUGUAGCAUGCAGUUCCUUAUGGAGCAUGUGCGGGCUUUCAAGCUUCAGCUAAAGCAGUUGCAGCGUAAAUUGCCCAGCAAAACCAUUACCUUUAGCACGCUGCAGUGGCCCCAGCUGCAGAGGUUACAUGAACGCAAUGACUAUCUGGGACGGCUAAUAGGUCUGCUAAGCUCCACGGCCCGGGAAGCCACCAAGGAUAUUGCCAACACCUCCAAGACAGAACUGGGUUCGGCCGGCACCGCCAAUGACAUUGCCAUUGACCACGACCGACUGUGGCGCAUCAUUAACUUCAAUUGCAAUAAAAUGGCGCCCGAGGGCUAUCAAAAAUCUCCGGUGGAAUUUUUCCAAAAUUCCAUUGCCAUUCUUCAGGAACAGCUCGAUGAGUUCCAACAAUUCAUAAAAGAAUCCGAAAAGGUGCUCUCGAAAAAUCUCAACACCACAUAUGUACGCUCCGAAGAACUCACCAUCCUGCAACAGGCCUCGGAGGUGAAAAAGCACUACGAGGAGAUAAAACUCCUGCAUCAUCACAUCUCCGAAAGAGACAAAGAGAUCAAAUCUCUCAAAUGUAUGGCCAAAAUGAAACAAAACGAUUACUCGGAGCUACAAAUCCGCAAAGACAUGGCCGAAAAGCAGCUGCACAAACAACAACAAGACUUUGUCGAAUUAAUGCAACAAAUCACCGAGAAAAUGGAGGAGCUACUCGACGAUCUGCAGAAUAAACAAAUCAAAUUACUCAACUCUCUGGAUACAAACUCUCUCCGGCUGGAGAAGCUUGAAAAAAUGCAGGUUACGCUCAAACAAUCCAUGGCCAAUCGUUCGCAGACGCACACCAGCUGCUCUCACGAUUCGUGGCGGGAAAUUGAAAAUCUCUCGCUAUCGCUGAAGCAGCAACGUCAACACAACAUUGCUCUACAAUCAAAAUUCCUGAAAACGGAACUCCAGAAACUUGAACCGCUCUAUGUCCCCGUCAGCGGUCGGCAGACACAAAAUCAAAAUCUUCAACAGGAAAUUAAACACCUCAACCAUGAACUGAAUAAAUUGAAAAAAUCCUGGAUAUUGGGUUAUAUCAGCCUCAAUCAGGAUGCCGCUUCCGUCAAGUCAGCCAACGCCACCGCCACAUCUGCAUCAACACCCUCCUCACCCACAACCCAACUGCAACGAGAAUCAAGGCAUCUGUUUGAACAUAUCCUGGAUACCUAUUAUCGUUCUCAUCCCCAUCGCCAGAUAGCCACAGAUUUUGGACAAUUUCCAGCUAAAGAAUUGAGAGAGUUAUUUGAGUAGGUAUUUAAAAAAUGAGAGAGGGAGAGAGAGAGAGAAAAAAAAGUAGUAGAGGGAGUGUUUAGGAGAAUGUGUUUCGUAGAUUUUAGAAGUUUGCCAGUAUUUUAAAACCCAAAAGUUCAUAGAAAACAAAUUUCAAUUCUUUUUUUGUUUUGGAUUUUAAGAACAAAAUACCUAAAAUUUAAUGGACCUACAUAGAAUACAUUUAUAUUCAGAAAAAAACAAUCUAUAAACAAAAAUAAUCAAAAUAAUAACAACAUUAAAGGGAAUUGGAGAAGAAAGCAUCAACAACAAAGUGAGAUGAGAAAAAUGUGUAGACGUGUCAUCAGAAGAGAGGACAUCUACGCUAUAGUAGAUGUCAUCAGAAGACAUCUACUCCUUAGUAGAUGUUAUCAGAGGACAUCUACUCUAUAGUAGAUGUCAUCAGAAGACAUCUACUCUGUUGUAGAUGUCAUCAGAAGACAUCUUCUCUAUAGUAGAUGUCAUCAGAAGACAUCUACUCUAUUGUAGAUCUCAUCAGAAGACAUCUACUCUAUAGUAGCUGUCAUCAAAAGACAUCUACUCAUUAGUAGUUGGCAUCAGAGGACAUCCACUCUAUUGUAGCAGUCAUCAGAAGACAUCUACUUUAUUGUAGAUGUCAUCAGAAGACAUCUACUCUAUAGUAGAUGUCAC